CCAAUUGUAUAAAACUUUUAACCGCGCGGUAACCACUAAGUGCCAGUAACCAACAUGGUUACAUCGUGGUAAGCGAUUGUAUAGAUAACGUCAUACGUGGUAACCGCGAUAUAACCACGGUUAGUUUUAACCUACCUACAGGAGCUUGGUAACCACAAAGUAACCACUCAAACAUGGCCGCCAUUCAUUUUGUAAGACAUAGACGACCUCGACAGUUUCGACGUAUUGACAGACAAUUGACGGACUUGACGGAUGAAGAAUUACGCCAAAGGUACAGGUUUUCAGCUGACAACAUAGACAGACUUGUUGAACUUGUUGGACCAACUUUGGAGCGACGGACGCGACGUAACCAAGCCCUGACACCACGGCAACAAAUUUUGAUAACAUUGAGAUUUCUUGCUACAGGUAAUUUCAUGCAGGUUAUCGGCGACACCUUUGGCGUAGAUAUUUCUACCGUCUCCCGGGUCGUGAGAGACGUUACCGACGUACUAUUUGGACUGAAAGACCAAUUUAUCAAGUUUCCUGUGACGGACCACGACCGAAGACGGAUCAUGAGUGGAUUUUACGCCAUUCGUGGGUUCCCAUCUGUAAUUGGUUGUAUUGACGGGACCCAUGUUAAAAUAAUUUCGCCUGGUUAUCCAGAUGAGGCUGCAUUUGUUAACAGAAAACACCAACACAGUAUAAAUGUCCAGGCGACCUGCGAUCACAAAGGGAUGUUCACAAGCAUCAAUGCCUGUUGGCCUGGAAGCUGCCAUGACAGCCACAUCUUACGAGUUUCUAAUGUAGGCCGGUACCUUGAAGCUCAUCACCAAGAUCCAGAGCGCGGAUAUUUGUUGGGGGAUAGUGGCUACCCCUGUCGGCCAUUUCUGCUAACACCUUUCUUGCAGCCUGGGAAUGAAACAGAGGAGAGGUACAACCGGGCGCACAUCUCCACACGGAAUUUGGUUGAAAGGACAUUUGGUGUAUGGAAGAGGACAUUCCAUGUUUUACAUGGGGAAAUACGCAUGAAGCCUCAGAGGGUGACACGUGUAAUCGUGGCGUGUGCUGUCCUCCAUAAUCUGAGGCUGCAGUGGGGUGAACCAGAGGUGGAAGAAGCCGGUGAUCUGGAUCAGCCUCCCGCCGACAUCUUUAAUGGCCGAAUGGAUGGGCGAGGAGUUCGAGACCAUGUGGCUCGUGCUUAUUUUCAGAAUCAGUAAUAACAGAAGAAACCGAUGAUUAAAUCACACCAUACAUUGACGUUUUAUGGAAAGUGAAGACUUGACACUUUUAACACCAAUUUAUUUUGGUUUCAUAAUUUAUUUUCAUAUUUCAGCUUUUAUAUAUAUUCAGAAGUCUGGAAUGACAUAUAAUGUACAUGUAUCAACUAUCAAGAAUUACUGAGAUAAUAAUUUCAAAAGUUAUUUGAAUUUCUCGAUUAAAACAUCGGCUAGCUUUGAAA